AUGGAGCACAAUGCUUCGGCUCACGCUUUAGGGCCGUGUUACCAACGCCCGGUUUUAAAAAUAGAACUAGGUACACAAUUCAGCCGCUGCAGCGAAUCUGCGCACCGCCUGUAUCGUUGGACGUGGGCUGAAUUGAAGCGCUCGAGGGCUUCCAAGUCGGUUCGGGGACGGGGGUGCAGCGGCGAUGUGGGUCAAGGACUCCGCUUGCACGCGGCCACGCCCCGGCCCGCGUUCGAUUGGCCCGAAACGCGCGCGUUCGCGUUACACGCCGUUGACGGUUUACGUAAAUGCGGCGCGUUUCCGUUGCACGUGCAGCGUUAUGUACUCCUGGUAACCACAUUAUGUGGGCCGAUUUGUGCGGCCGAUUCCACCAUA